AUGGACAGCGCUGCCUCGAGCGCUGCUGUACCGUCACAGCCGCCUCAGGUACCAUGGGGCACGAACUGUCAGGCACGGAUGCGACCAUUCGUCAUCAAAGAGACAUGCAUGCAUGCUAUGUGUCUGGUGUGUUUGUGUUGUGCUGCAGGGAGGAGGUGAUGCGCCCACUGCCGAUGGCUCGUGUGCUCCUGCAUCUGCAUCUACUGGUGGGGGCGGUGGUAGUGCUGCUGCUGCUGCAGCUGCUGCUGCCUCCGAGCGGCAGGUGCAGCUGGACGGCAUUGACAUUUGGUUCCCGCCCAACACUGCCGAGGCCUCCAAGGAGCUCACCGUCCGACUAAUGCGCCGCACCAUCGGCCGCAAGGGCAUCCGUCGACUCAGCGCAAAAGGCGCCGAUCCCAAUUUGGUCAUCCGCCUGCUGCCCAAGGGCGUGGCUGCGUCGCGGGUGGUGCGCAUCAGCAAGGUGAGCCUCCUGGCCCUCGCCAUCGACGACCCGCACGGAGCGGGGCCGUACAUGUGGAUCGUCGACCCGAGACGGUUCGCCGGAUCGCAUCCGCGUGAGGAGAGGCUGAUGAUGCUGCCGACGUGGGCCACACGACGGAUGCAGACGGAGGUGUUGGAGGCGCUCAUCGUUGCCGGCGCCAACCCAUCGGCGUACCGGUGUGGGCGCAUCGGCAGCAGCAACCGCGUGCGAUACACCCCGAUGAAGGUGGCCAUGUGGUCGGCCAACAUGGAGGCCCUCGAGGUGCUGCUGACGCACAACGUGCAGGUGGCGGGCGAGCGACUGGCCUUCCUGCCCCGCAUUGCCAGUGGCGUCCCCAAGCGGCACGACUGCAACUACCUCAUCCACGUGUUCCGUGUGUAUUGCCGGCUGCUGCACUCUCACCCGGAGCUGGCCAAUGAGACGGACGGUGGGCAGCAAAACCCCGCCCAUCGACUGGCCAGUGCCAUUCCCGACUACGGCUGCAACUUUGCCCCCCACAUGCUCAACCUGCUCGAGUUCCACGGCGUGGACCUCGCCGCUGCCGAUGCCGAGGGCAACACGCCCCUCCAUCUGGCAGCCAUCACGGGCGCCAUCUUCACGGUGAUGCAGCUCUGCCAGCAGCUCCCGGCCGCCGACGUCGACAAGCCCUCGGCAGUGACCCACCUGACACCCAUGGCGAGCGCUGCUCAGUCACUGGCUGAGGAGAUAGAGCGCCACACGGCUCUCAGCGAGGAGGAGAGGAAGACGCAGACCCGACUGGCCGACCUCAUGUCGCUGCACAGCCAAGUCAUCCGCCGGCUGCUGUUCUGCGGCGCAUCCAUCGACAACAUGCCCAACACCACGGAGGAGGACCAGAGGCGCCGUGCUGUGGUCAAGGGCCUGUACACACGCACCCUCAACGUCCUGCCGUAUCGGGUCAUGGACUGCGUCAACGAGGCCCUCGCUCCCCAGCGUGACGCCGCCACCCUCAUGGCUCGCAUCCUGCCCCUGGUGGAGCACAACGACGAGAACCCCUCCCUCCCCAAUCCGCCCUCCCCCUCCCCCCUCUCAUUCGGCCCACAGGAGUCCUCAGCCAUCGCAUGGCACAUCGGGGCCUUCCUGCACGAACCCGAGGCCAUCAAUGCCGUUUUCGUCAUGAAGGACGACACGCCGAACGGCCGCCGUCUGCUCGACGACAUGCACAAGUUCGUCAACUUGGCCGCCACACGGACGAGCGGCAAUCGAGAGGUGGUGGGCGGCGUGAUCGAGGGCGAGGACGGGCAGCAGGUGCGCAUCCCCCACCUGCAGUGCUUCGUGCUGGGCGACGUGGACGGCCGUCGGGUGGGCCUACGAGAGGUGGUCCACAAGCUGCGGCUGGACGAGGUGCGCAGAUUUGGCCUGAGUGGUGUGGUGAAGGGCUUCAACAACGAGGCGGGCGACGAGGGGUGUGUGUUCGACGGGGGGCAGCUGGGGUUCGUCGACAAGGAGGGCGCCUAUCAGUCGCUGGGGAUGCAGUAGACAGACAGACAGACGGACAGAUAGAUAGCUAGGAGGGGAUGGGUGGUGUGUCGAUAGUGUGAAUAAAUCGGUAUGAGAUGGGACGGAGGCAGGCCGUUUGUGUGCUUGAGGGCCUUUCGAAGCAAACGUUGCGAGGGUGUUUAGUGUGUUUAGGCAAGCGCGAGACAGUCGGCCGACAGGAGCGAACAGCAAGACGGGAGGGACAGAUGGUGAAUCGGCGGCUGCGUGUGCUGCGUGUCUAGUUGAUGUGUUCUUCACACACACACGGCUACCUGUCUGCCUGCCUGGAGGGCCUGCCUUGCGUGUCCACUACAUUUUGUUCGCGGCGUGAGGCUCACACCGGCGGCAUUUAGUGUUUUAACCAUGAUUACUUCCGGCGUGUGUUCCAUACAUACAGAGUUUCUGUAGACUUACGUGUUCAUACGAAGGCGAAGAAGGCAGGGCAGGCGGGCUCUGACUGGCUGGUCCGUAUCCAAUGUGUGCAUGCAUGGCAUGAUGGUUGCGGUGCAAUUUUGGCUUCACAUGUGAGACAUGUUGGUAAAGAGACAAGUGGCAUGCCUCGAAUGUGUCCAUCCC